AUGAAGAACGAAGAACUUAACGGCGUCCUCCUCGCACUUAUCGCUUACCUCCGAGAGAUAGCAGACAUUAUAGAGGCAGCUCGGACCAAAUUACAAGAGGGAUUCACCAUGGAAGAUAGCCCUCGUACCACCAUCUCCACACAGCCAGACCACCCCAAUUCGAAAAUCCUUAAAAAUAUCCUUGAAGAUUCCACAAUCGAGGACCAGUCCAUGGAGGACAAUAUCUCCUUCAUGCUUGGAUCAAUCCAUAAAAGGAUUGGAAAGUAUAAACGUACAAUGAAAGAGUCGGAUAAGUAA